UGCGGCCCCCGGCCCUUUGUGACGUAGGACAAUGCCUGCCACGCGUCGGAACUCGGCUGCGGGGCGGCCGCCCGGCGCGAGUGACACGUGCGAGGACAGCGGUGGUCAGCUGGGGCCCACUCCAGGAAUCAUGCAUUUCUUAUUCAGAUUGAUCGUUUUCUUUUACGUAUGGGGCAUUUUUACUGCUCAGGGACAAAAGAAAGAGGAGAGCACAGAGGAAGUGAAAAUAGAAGUUUUGCAUCGUCCAGAAAACUGUUCUAAGACAAGCAAGAAGGGAGACCUGCUAAAUGCCCAUUACGACGGAUUCUUGGCUAAAGACGGCUCGAAAUUCUACUGCAGCCGGUCACAAAAUGAAGGCCAUCCCAAAUGGUUUGUUCUUGGUGUUGGGCAAGUCAUAAAAGGCCUAGACAUUGCUAUGAUGGAUAUGUGCCCUGGAGAGAAGCGAAAAGUGAUUAUACCCCCUUCAUUUGCAUAUGGAAAAGAAGGCUAUGUGGAAGGCAAGAUUCCACCUGAUGCAACAUUGAUUUUUGAGAUUGAACUUUAUGCUGUGACCAAAGGACCACGAAGUGUUGAAACAUUUAAGCAGAUAGACAUGGACAAUGACAGGCAACUCUCUAAAGACGAGAUAAAUCAUUACCUGAAAAAGGAAUUUGAAAAAGAUGAGAAGCCAUAUGACAAGUCAUAUCAGAAUGCGGUUUUAGAAGAUAUUUUUAAGAAGAAUGACCAUGAUGGUGAUGGCUUCAUUUCUUCCAAGGAAUACAAUGUGUAUCAACAUGACGAACUAUAGCAUAUUUUUAUUUCUAAAUUUUCUUAGCUACUUACUGUACUUUAUAUAUAAAACAAAGUCACUCUUCUCCAAGUUAUAUUUUCUGUUUUUCCCCCAUGAGAACAUAUUUUGAUCCCCUCAAUACAUGUAAUUUGGGGAAAAUAAAUGUGAGGCUAUUUUGCAAAUUUAA